CAACCUUUCGCUGUGACGAUGUCGCGAUUUCUCGUCCACGUGUGCGUGGCGCUGGCCGUGCUCUGCGGCGGCGCCGCUUCUGUUCCUGAUGCUACCGCAGUAACGAUUGUCUCUGCGAAAACACUGAAUGAGCACUUCAAGCCGGCCGUCCCGUUUCAGAUUGAGUCGGCCAAGCAACUCCAUGCAACGGACGACUCCAAGUCGCAGUGGCGCAUCACGUCGAACAAAGGCGCGUUUGACAUCAACGUCCAAGAAGACGCUAGUACGAAGGAACUGUCACUUGUUUCCGUCUAUCAGAUUGGAGUGGAUGGCACGAAAACGUUGAUCUACGAGCCCAAGGGUCUCCCGACAACAUGGCUUCUUGGCUCGGGUUUGGCACUGCUCAUUGUCGGUGUCGUGGUCCUGACAUCGUCACGACCAUCUUCCAUUGCACGAGCUCCUGCAGCCGUGCCGCCCUCUUCGCCUAAAGGCAGCGCCGAAGCGACCAACGCCUCCCUCCGCCGCCGUCGUUCCAAGCUCGACUAACUCAGUCCCACCUCCAUAGACGACUGUAACAUGGCACAAUGCACAUCAACCGCCAUGCAACCGCAUGAGCAAUCUUGUUGAGGAAAGGGAGCUGCGCCAGGUCUUCUUGUCUGCUUCCAUGCGUCCGAGGCGAUUCGAUUCGCCAUAAACACGCACAUUCGUC